GAAGACAACGAACUCCCCCGAGAAUCAUCGGCUCUCUUCGUCCCCGUUGUUUAGUUUCAUUUGGGGGGGGGGUUCGGAGGAGCUCCUCGCUCGGCCGCCAUGUUUGUUUUAAAUAUGUCGUUUGUUAAUUGUAAAAGCUGAUAUGUGGAGACUCGGGAGGGGGAGGGAGAAGGAAGCGCGGAGGAAAGGAAAGGAGGAGGGACCGAGGACUUAAUUAUAACAGAUUGUUGUGUGCGUGGUUGCUUAGUGUGGCGUAAAGCCAAAUUUACAUUACAUUUUUAAUAAUUUAACGUAUUUUUAACCGAGCGAUUCCUUUUUUGGAGAGGGGGGGGGGUCUCUCUUUUUUUUGUCUUUUUUUUUUUUUUUUUAAAUAAAAAUACAUGACUCCUUAUGCGAGUGGAAAAAAGGCUCUUUGGGGGAAAAUAUAAGAGAGGCAGCACAGCAGGACCGUGGUAGUGGCGCGUGGACCUCGACAGGCGUGGAGAGGAAGAAAGUGCGUUAUUGUUAGUUGACGCUCAUCAUCAUCAUCAUCAUCCUCCUCAUCAUCCUCAUCCGGGCCUGCUCGAGAAGCGAAGCCGGGAGCUGGAGUUAGCGACACGGGACUCCACCAUGGCGGUCAACCUGGACAAGGAAGCGUACUACCGCCGGAUCAAGAGGCUGUACAGCAACUGGAAGAAAGGAGAAGAUGAGUUUGGCAAAGUUGAUGCCAUCGUGGUGUCCGUCGGCGUGGACGAGGAAAUCGUGUACGCCAAGUCCACGGCCAUUCAGACAUGGCUGUUUGGCUACGAGUUGACGGACACCAUCAUGGUGUUUUGCGACACCAAAAUCAUCUUCCUCGCCAGCAAGAAGAAGGUGGAUUUCCUCAAACAGGUGGCUAUGACUAAAGGCAACGAGAACGCCAAUGGUGUCCCGCCCAUCACCCUGCUCACCAGAGAAAAGAAUGAAAGCAACAAGGCGAACUUCGACAAGAUGAUCGAGGCGAUCCGAGGCAGCAAAGAGGGCAAGACCGUCGGGAUCUUCAGCAAAGACAAAUUCCCCGGAGAUUACAUGAAGAGCUGGAACGACACCAUCACCGCCGAGGGGCUGGAGAAGGUCGACAUCAGCGCUGUGGUCGCGUACGCGAUGGCGGUGAAGGAAGACGGAGAGCUGUCUCUGAUGAAGAAGGCCGCUGCCAUCACCAGCGAGGUUUACUCCAAGUUCUUCAAGGAGCGUGUCAUGGAGAUCGUCGACGCAGACGAGAAAGUGCGCCACAGCAAAUUGGCGGAGUCGGUGGAGAAGGCCAUCGAGGAGAAGAAGUACCUGGGCGGUGCGGAUCCUUCCACGGUGGAGAUGUGUUACCCGCCCAUCAUCCAGAGCGGAGGGAACUACAGCCUCAAGUUCAGCGUCGUCAGCGACAAGAACCACAUGCACUUCGGGGCCAUCACGUGCGCCAUGGGGAUCCGCUACAAGUCGUACUGCUCCAACCUGGUGCGCACCCUCAUGGUGGACCCCCCUCAGGAGAUGCAGGACAACUACAACUUCCUGCUGCAGGUGGAGGAGGAGCUGCUCAAGCAUCUCAAACACGGUGUAAAAAUCAGCGAGGCCUACAAUGCAGUUCAGGAGUACGUGAAGAAGGAGAAGUCGGACCUGGUGGCAAAGCUGACCAAAAACCUCGGCUUCGCGAUGGGAAUUGAGUUCAGAGAAGGCUCCUUGGUCGUGAACUCUAAAAACCAGUACAAACUAAAAAAAGGCAUGGUGUUGAGCGUCAGUUUGGGUUUCGCCGACCUCGUGAACAAAGACGGCAAGAAGGACGAGCAGAAGAAGUACGCCCUGUUUAUCGGCGACACGAUACAGAUCAACGAGGAAGAUGCAGCCACGAUACUCACACCCGUCAAGAAAAAGAUCAAGAAUGUGGGGAUCUUCUUAAAGAAUGACGAUGAGGACGACGACGAGGAAGACGGGGACGACGCGGAGGAGCUGCUGGGGAAGGGGGCUCGGAGCGCCGCCCUGCUGGCCGACAGAACCAGAAAUGAGAUGACGGCGGAGGAGAAGAGGCGGGCUCACCAGAAGGAGUUGGCCAAUCACUUGAACGAAGAAGCCAAGCGGCGCCUGACGGAGCGGCAAGGAGACCAGCAGAUUCAGAAGGCCAGAAAAUCCAACGUGUCCUAUAAGAACGUGUCUCAGAUGCCGAGAGAAAAGGACAUCAGGGAAAUGAAGAUCUUCAUCGACAAGAAGUACGAGACCGUCGUCAUGCCCGUGUUCGGCAUCGCCACGCCGUUCCACAUCGCCACCAUCAAGAACAUCAGCAUGUCCGUAGAAGGAGACUACACGUACCUGAGGAUCAACUUCUACGUCCCCGGCAGCUCUCUGGGACGGCAGGAGGGAAAUAUCUUCCCCAACCCCGACGCCACGUUCGUUAAAGAAAUCACGUACCGAGCGUCCAACCUCAAGACCCCCGGCGACCCGUCGGUGCCCUCCACCAACCUGCAGAACGCCUUCCGCAUCAUCAAGGAGGUGCAGAAGCGCUACAAGACGCGGGAGGCCGAGGAGAAGGAGAAGGAGGGCAUCGUCAAGCAGGACUCGCUGGUCAUCAACCUCAACCGCAGCAACCCCAAGCUCAAGGACCUCUACAUCCGACCCAACAUCGCGCAGAAGAGGAUGCAGGGCUCGGUGGAGGCACACACCAACGGCUUCCGUUUCACGUCGGUCCGCGGCGAUAAAGUGGACAUCCUUUACAACAACAUCAAACACGCCAUUUUCCAGCCGUGUGACGGGGAGAUGAUCAUUGUUCUCCACUUCCACCUCAAGAACGCCAUCAUGUUCGGCAAGCGGCGCCACACGGACGUCCAGUUCUACACCGAGGUCGGGGAGAUCACCACGGACUUGGGCAAACACCAACACAUGCACGACCGGGACGACCUGUACGCCGAGCAGAUGGAGCGCGAGAUGAGGCACAAGCUCAAGUCGGCCUUCAAGAACUUCAUCGAGAAGGUGGAGACGCUGACUAAAGAGGAGCUGGAGUUCGAGGUGCCCUUCAGAGACCUCGGGUUCCAGGGCGCCCCCUACAGGAGCACCUGCCUACUACAACCCACGUCCGGGUCCCUCGUCAACACCACUGAAUGGCCCCCGUUCGUGGUGACCCUGGAUGAGGUGGAGUUGGUCCACUUUGAGCGCGUGCAGUUCCACCUGAAGAACUUCGACGUGGUCAUCGUCUACAAGGACUACAACAAGAAGGUCACCAUGAUCAACGCCGUGCCCGUCAACUCCCUGGACCCCAUCAAGGAGUGGCUCAACUCGUGUGACAUCAAGUACACGGAGGGAGUCCAGUCCCUGAACUGGACCAAGAUCAUGAAGACCAUCGUGGAUGAUCCCGAGGGCUUCUUCGAGCAGGGAGGCUGGUCUUUCUUGGACCCGGAGGGCGAGGGAAGCGGCGCGGAGGAAGAUUCAGAGUCCGAGAUGGAGGAUGAAACGUUCAACCCGUCUGCGGACGACGAGGAGGAGGAGCAGGAGGAAGACAGCGACGAGGACUACAGCUCGGACACGGAGGACUCCAAUUUCAGCGGCGAGUCAGAAGGCAGCGAGGAGGAGAGCGGCAAAGACUGGGACGAGCUGGAGGAAGAAGCCAGGAAAGCUGACAGAGAGAGCCAGUACGUGGAGGAGGACACCACCACCGCCGCCAACAAUAACAACAACAAGAAGAGGAAGCUCCGCCCCUCAGGCCCCAGCAGCGCGCCCAACAAGAAGAAGCGACGAUCCUAAAAUGUCUUACACACACACACACACACACACACACACACUGCCAAACCUAGUUGACCCUUGACCCCUUCCCUCAACUCCAACUGGCUCUUUUGACUCGUACACUCAAGACACACACACACACACACACGCUCGGACACACAAUGUGUAUAUAGACGUAGACGCCCCAUAUUUUCGGUCAGUGAAGUGUCAUGUUGAAAUGGUAAUAAAGAACCAGCAGGACACACACACACACACUAGCUUACCUUCCCUUCUCCUUUCCGCAUUCUUUUGUUUCCACCUCUCCAUCCACCCAUCAGGGUUUCGUGUGUGUGUGUGUGUGU